CUGGCCACUUGCCAGUCCUCUGUAAGGCAAGCUGAAAAGGCUACGCGAGACCUCAUUCGACAUGCUCCCAGCCCAUCUUCUUGUUAUCAGACUGCCUCUACAUUAGCCACUUCUUCUGCCACAAUCUCGGUGACAACUAACGUCAUCGACAGCCUCACUCUUUCCACUGCCUCUGGCUUUCACGCCACUCCUAAAGGUCGAACGGGCAACGGCGAAGAAUCCCUGAUUACUAGACCCAGUUCCAUUUCUGAGACAUCAGAGCGCAUCCUGCACACUGGGAGGCUGUUUAUAGGCAAUUCCUCCUCCCCACUGCUCGCAGAACAGAGGAGCUUUGGUCUCUCCAAUAAGUAUGAGCUUACUAUUUUGACCUCUUAA